CAGCAAUAUCAAAAGCUGCAUCAAACAGCGAUGGCGUCUUCGGGUCAGUGGGAAGUGGUUGGUGGAAAAUCUGGAAAAAAUAGACACGGGCACGGAGAUGGGACUGGGAAGCUUUCCAAAAAUCAAAAGAAGAAGCUUGCCGAAAACAUGCCCAAGAUAGUGCCGCUCGAGCCUUUGAAGGAGAGCGCCACAAUUUACGAUGCAUUCCUUGAAGAGCAUUCCAAAGCUGAGGAACCUGCACCGAAACCGAAGGCUCGUCCUCAACAGCAACCCUCCGGUCAGGCUUCACAACAUAAAAAGAAAAAGGACGAGAAGAAAAAGGCAUCCGGCAACGAGGACCUUCUCGGCCAGCUGAAGGCUGAUGAAAUCGACAACGUGCUGGCUUCUACUCGGCAUCGUUUUCCAAGUAAUCCCAUUGUGUGGUUGAAAGAUCUGGCCGCCUACUUGAAUGGAGUCCUGGAAAACCAGCCGCUUCGUCCUGGAAGUUCUGUUCUCUCAGGUCACCCGUUGAGCGGGCUGAAUGUGGAGGUUCAAGAAGCACUUCUGCGCUCCUUCGAAGAGUGCGGAAAUGAGGCCAUUUUGAGUCUCUUUUUCGAGCACUGUCUACAGAACUUGCUACAAGGGAUCACCAAAGGCCAACCUGUAUGGGGUUACCGGUUAUGCCUUCAACUCUUGGCCUGCCAGUAUCCUCACCUAGUUGUGGAUGCCCUCCCAAAGUUGAGGGAGCUUCGCACAAGCUACCAAAACCGCCAACCGGCUUGCCAGGCACUACUCUGGGCCGCUGCUCAAGCAGGUCUUCAGAGUCUACCCCUUGGACUCUCAGUGUGGUUGGAGCUGGUGCUUCCUGUCCUAGGAGUGCGUGCGUUCACAGCUUACGUGCUCGACAUCCUGGAGGCCCUUCUUUCGCGCCAUCCUGAAGGAAGCCCAGGCGUAAGCGAAGUGUUGGGAAUUCGUCAGGUCUUUCCUUUGUUGGACCUUGCCUAUGGGGACCAAGGUGCGAGCCUCGCACGCCCACAGCUACAAAGACUGCGCACACUCUACACACGCCUUAAGGCUUUGAGCUACGGCGAUACAAGGAAACGGACUUUGCGUCACUUUUUCCCGUCGUAUCUUCGAAGGCUGGUUCCUUCAGCGACUCCAGAUAUGCGCCGUGAGCUCCUGGGAAGCCUGAUAGAGUGCCUUGCAGUGGACCCACAGUGUGUGGUGGUCUGGAAGCAGCUCUACCCCAAGCACCUUGCGCAAUCUAGACUGCUGCUGGAGCACCUCUGUGAGACAUGGGAGGCACUUCCGCCGGCAUCCAGGAAACUCCUCGUGGACACGUUACCUGCACUGACACUCCACAACUCCAAUGCUCAAGAACAUGUUGCAGCCUCUGCAGCCUGCGUGGCUCUGCAGAAGAAGAUGAGGCGGAAGAGGAGCGUUGUGUCAUCAAUAUUUUGGCUACUGUUUACACUGGCCUUGAUGGCAGCAAGUGCGGCCCUCGCAUAUGAUGUCUUCGUUCUACAUGGUGGGAUUGUGGAAAGGUCACACACAGCGAGGUUUUUGAAGGAUGCCGGUGCACCUGAGCUGUGGGAAAAGACGAGGGUACACGUCGAGCAGGGGUACCGCUGGGCAGAAGCGAAUGUCCCAGUUUACUACAGCCGUGUGGCCGCUGUGCUGGGACCCCACCUGGCAAAUAUUCAGGAACUUGUUCUACAGUACGCCACGAUUGCAUGGAACAAGUUGGAGCCAGUACGAGACUGGCUGUGCAUUAAUGUGCCUCCGCUUCUGCAGUGGGCAAAUGACAGAGUGCCUGUAUUCCUGGAGGAAGUGCUUAAAGUACUUCACUCACUCUGGGCGGUUGUUGGAGCGGCACUGGUCACGUGCUUCAACUACAUGCAAGUCGGGGUUCAGGUUGCUCACAAGUGGUUGCUCGAGAAUUUGCUCACGGGAUCCUGGUCACCCGAGAAGCUCUCCGCCAGGGCAGCUGAGGCCGCAGACAUUCUACAAGGUUAUGCUGGGGCAGCCUUUCGCUGGCUCGCGCAACAAACGGCACCCCUCAUGGGAGCGUCUCCUCACUGACUCAACAAUAAACUCUGACUUAACUCACUUAA